CCCACUCAUGCUACCCAAUCAUAGUAGAUAUUACUAUCAGCACGUGAUCAAAUGUGCCUUGACGUUUCCAUUCAUUGAUUAAAUUUAUACAACUCUUUGCCUCCUACCAUCUCGCGAUCAUCUGAAGCGUUCUUGUUUUCUAAACGACGAUCGGAGCCGCGCAAUGGUGGUUGCUACUUACACUCAGAAUAUUUCAGAUGCGACUACGCGCUCAAUAGAAAAUUCGAUACUUUCGCAAGCAACACGCGACCAUGAACGGCCAAACAAGCGUCGCAAACUCGACGAGGAUACCGAUGAUAUCUUAAGCCAGUCAGGGAAUGUCAGCGUUCACAAUGAUUAUGUAGUGUUAUGCCGGAUCAUAAUCAAUUUAAUUCCUCCCCAAGAAACCUCCAUCGAUCUAUCUCCGGAUACACAAGAGCUGCCUGUCUUUUUGAAUUAUCGCUGCCAGACGGAAAAUGCGGAGCCUUUGGGUACCGAGUUUGAGGAUCCGGCUUCGUCGAGUGAAAGCCUGGAGCAGCAACACUGGCUGGACGUUAAAUCAGUGCAAGGGAAGGAUUCAGUUUUCAUGCAUAACUUGAGCGGGCCUAAUGUCGAUGAAAUGGUCUCUCAUCUGUCACUCGCGACAAAAGCCGCCGCUUUCGAUACUGCCAAACUCGAUCACCUAUUGUGCAAAUACCGAGCUCGGCUCUCUUUUCAGCCAAACGCAGCAUAUUUCCAACUGACGGCUGAUAUUUUAUGGAAGAAUUCUUUGCUUAUCCCGGCUUUGUCAAGAAUCAAACCUUAUGCGGAGACAGCCCUACUUCGAUAUACACCACGCGGCGAAGGAAUUUAUAAGAGCACGUCCAAUGAUGAUGCGGUCCAAUCGCGACAACGUCAACCCUUCUGGACUCCCCGAGACUUUUAUGAUAAUGUUCACAUACCGGCAGAAACACCCGAAUCUUCUGCCGAUUUGAGGUGCAAUUUAGCAGUUUGUCAACUAUACCCAUUUCAGAACAGAGCAGUUCGGUGGCUUCUUGAGAAAGAGGGCGUGGAAAUAAAUAAAAGCGGAAAUCUUGUUCCGCGCCGCAAGGAUGUUAGGGAUUGUCCCGAAUUUUUCGAAGAAUUCACAGAUGCUGAAGGCCGUCGCUGCUAUGUCAGCCAUCUCUAUAAGGUCGUGACCACGGAUUUGUCUGAGUGGAGUGAUUCAGCAAGUGCUCUACAAGGAGGCAUCCUCGCCGAAGAGAUGGGCCUUGGAAAGACAGUAGAGAUGAUUCUAUUGAUCUGCCUUCACUCACGCGAAGUGAUGUUGAACCACCAAAGCGAGCCGAAAAAUAACCUGGUCAAGUCAGGAGCAACUCUGAUCAUCACGCCGCCUGCCAUUCUUGAACAGUGGAAGCAAGAGAUUGCAACCCACGCACCAUCACUCUCGGUCUUCGAGUAUACUGGGUUUCAACAAUACCCAAAGGCGACUGAUGAGGAACUUUUGCACAUGCUUGCCGGAAAUGAUGUUGUGCUUACCACGUACAAUGUUAUAGCAAAAGAAGUGCAUCAUACCGGUGUUGCUCCUACGUGGACCUUGCGACACGAAAAGAAGCGGAAGAUCAGAACGACUCCUUUAAUAGGGAUUUCUUGGUGGCGCGUUUGUCUCGAUGAGGCUCAGAUGAUUGAAAGUGGUGUAAGCAAUGCUGCUCGGGUUGCUCGCCUCAUUCCCCGUGUGAAUGCCUGGGCCGUAACUGGAACGCCUAUUCGCAAAGACAUGAGGGACUUGUUUGGCCUCCUUCAGUUUCUCAAAUAUGAACCCAUUUGCAGCUUUCCUGCACUUUGGGCUGGACUGUAUAAUGAGCAUUAUCCUGCUUUUAAAUCCAUCAUCAAUAGAUUGGCGCUACGGCAUAGCAAAGAUCUUGUCAGAAAAGACCUUCGACUACCACCUCAAAAAAGAGUUGUGAUAACGAUACCAUUCACUCCAGUUGAGGAGCAGCACUACAGUCAUUUAUUUGAGCAGAUGUGUGCUGACUGCGGUCUUGAAUCAUCCGGGGCGCCGCUGACAGAGGAUUGGAACCCUGAAUCUCAAUCGGUCAUUGAAAAGAUGCGAAGUUGGCUCACCAGAUUACGUCAGACUUGCUUACAUCCUGAGGUCGCAGGCAGCAAUCGUAAAGCACUGGGUUUAAGAACUGGUCCGCUUCGAUCUGUUGCCGAAGUGCUUGAAGUCAUGAUUGAUCAGAACGAAACGUUAAUCCGAGCUGAGGAACGUACCUUACUUUUGUCCCACGCUCGACGCGGCCAACUACUUGAAAAUGCUGCUCAUCGAUGGCGAGCUCUUGACAUCUGGCAGAAAGGCUUGAAACGUGCUACGGAGAUAGUAACAGAUUGUCGGGAACAGCUACGAGUUGAGCAUGAAAAAACCCAGUCGAGCGCUGGAAAUUCCGCAGAACAAGAAACAUCGGAUGUCGAUAGUGAUAAAGAAGAAAGUGAGGAAACAGAGAAGAAUAGCCGCCUGAGAACAUGCAAAAUGCGUCUAAGAUCAGCUCUUGAAGUACAACAUAUUUUUAAAUUUUUCACUGCAAAUGCUUUCUAUCAGAUCAAGACGGAUAUAAACCUUACAGAGCCUGAUUCCAAUGAGUUUACGAAUCUUGAGAGAGACGAAAUAGAAGCCUACGAGGCUGCGAAGCAGAUGCGAAAGGAGAUGUUGACAGAUGUUUCACGGAAAGUUAGGAGAUAUAUGAAGGUCAUCCAGGAUAAAUCCAAAAGCAAAUCGUUCGUGAAAAUUCCUGCGAUGAAUGCUAAGCUCCGAACUUUGGGUCUUGAGUCACGCCGUGUUUUCAUGAAGUUGGAGGAUUUCUGCGAUGCAAUGAACGAGCAUAGUAAUCAGUACAACGAAUGGCGAGAUAUAAUGGUCAAGCUAUUAAGCCAGUCGCUGAUCGAUGAAGAGGAAAGUAGCGAACUUGAAGGGAAUGAAUACGAAACGUCAACUAAACAUCAGGACGAGAUGUAUGUGUAUAUGGAAGCACUUCGGGUCAUGUACGCCGAUCGUCAUGAUGCUUUAACCGGACAACAGAACUUUCUUAUUGACCAUGAAGUUAAAAUUGGAUUGUCUGAGGCAGGUAAAGGAGAAGGCCCGUCUCCUCCGUUGUACCUUGAGAUCAUGAAGAAACGCAAUGAACUGAAACCAACUGCGGAGCUUGGUUCUCUUCGAGGCAUUAUUAGCGAGUUGCGAAGCCUCGUUACAUCCCUGGAGUGGCAAAGCCACGAAGGAAGUUCACGCGCAGAAGCUGAGCUUACGAUUGCGACUGAAGUUCUCGAUCGUGCUAGCAAAAUUUCCACGGACCAGGCAAAAGCCUCUUCGAACCUAGAAAAGGAAGUGGAGCUAUUCCGUGACACGAUGAACCAAAGGUUAGAAUACUAUCGUCAGUUGCAACAGAUUUCCGAUACUGUGGCUCCGUAUGACGAAGAGAGUGUGGGGAAACCUUUAGAUGAGGCAGUCUAUUCUUUGAAACUGCAGGCCGAAGAAAAAAUGGAGCAAAAGCUGUCUUCAUUACAAUCCAAGGGAAGGUAUUUGAUUCAUCUUCGGGAUGAUUCUGGGCCAGACGACAGUUCGAGGAUGUGUGUUAUUUGUCAGUCCUCAUUCGAAAUUGGGGUUUUGACAGUAUGCGGUCACAAGUACUGCAAAGACUGCUUGCGCUUGUGGUGGUAUCAGCACCGGACUUGUCCGACCUGUAAGAGAAAACUCAAGGCCAAUGAUUUCCAUCAAAUUGCAUACAAACCGCAAGAGCUAGUAGUGCAAGAAGAAAGGAGUCCCGUAAAGUCUGGGCUUGACACGACAACCAAUAGCUUUAUAUACUCCGAUAUCAGUACGGGAAUGCUUCAAGAGAUUAAGAAUGUCGAUCUCUCAAGUUCUUUUGGUACUAAGAUCGAUACUCUAGCUCGUCACCUCAUAUGGCUUCGUGAACAUGAUCCUGGUGCAAAGUCAAUCGUUUUCUCUCAAUAUAAACAUUUCCUUGGUGUAUUGGGCACUGCAUUUUCCCGAUUCGAUAUUGGAUUCAGCAAUAUAGAUGCCAAGGAUGGGAUUCAUCGUUUCAAAGAGGAUCCUGCGGUCGAAUGCUUUCUCUUACAUGCAAAGGCUCAUUCCUCUGGGCUGAAUCUGGUCAACGCAACUCACGUUUUCCUCUGUGAGCCUUUAAUUAACACUGCGAUUGAACUGCAAGCAAUAGCCCGUGUUCAUCGAAUUGGGCAGCAUCGGUCGACUACCGUGUGGAUGUACCUAGUAUCAGAUACGGUUGAAGAGUCGAUCUACCAGAUUUCAGUGUCACGCCGGUUGAGCCACAUUGUCCAGAAGGAGAAGAAAGAGAAGGAUAAAGAGGUGCAGUCACCGAGUCCUGGUUUGAGGGAUGGGAGUACAGUCGAAAAUCUCACAGAGACUGCCAUCGACUCGGCGAAUUCCAUGGAGAUGCAAGACGCGACUCUCGGAAAGCUGUUGGCGACAGGGGCUGCUGGUGGGGAGUUAGUCCGGAAAGAUGAUCUAUGGCAGUGUUUAUUCGGGGGGAUGCAAAAAAUGCGUCCUUCAGGCCAGACCUCCGAUGCUGGGGCGGAAGUUGAUCGCUUCUUGAGAGCAGAAGCAGCCGACCAGAGAAGACCUGACGCACCCGGAUCUUAAAUACCUGAUGUCACAUACCUUCCCAGGUAUGACGGCGCACGGUUCUGAGGAGGGUCGAGGACAUCGCUUUUCCCAUGUUGCUUUUCACUAUAUAUGUAGACAUAUAAAUGAUAUAGAG